AUGAGCCACCACGAUACCAAUAUUAAGGAGGACACUGCUGACAGCGACAAUAACGAGUGGGAUAUUGUUGAAGACUGGGUGGAGAAUAUUCAGGGAGGUCACGAUGGUGAGCCUAGAGGUGAUGGCGAAUUUACCGGCACGGGCGGUGGAGUUGAAUUGGACGGAGGUGAGGACAACAAGAUAAUUGAUGAAUUCUACAGACCCGAAUCAGAUGGGGGGUCUAGUGACGGCCUCAUAUGUAGGUUGUCCGAGAAAGUAAGAUGUGCCACUGCCCAAAAUAUGAAGUGUAGAUUAACAAUGGUGGUAUUGUUAGUUUCUACAAUAUGCGGGUUCUACUACAUUCCUUCUUUAUUUCAAAGUGUCUACUACAGGGGAAAAAUUGAGAAGAUGAGUGGUAAUAUUGCAGAUUUUCCAGAAGGUUCCCAAUAUUUCCUAUUUGCUCAGAGAAAAUGUACGGAGACUUAUGCUGCAAACCAAAGGACCUUAUUUUCAUGCCUGGAAUCUUCAAAAGCUCAGAGUUUAUGUUGGAAUGAGUAUAAUGAAGCUCACAAAAAGGACGCCGGUUUCUGUGGAUGGAACACCGAUCCCAGGGUUGUUGAAGCUGACACAAAUGCCUAUCUAUUGAAGGCAAAGUUGAGAAAACAUAUUUCAUACAUCACCAAAGCCUCUCAGAGGUCGGUGGAGGUAGCUAAUCAGUACUUAAACAAGCUUUAUGGAUGUGUGAAGAUUGGUGUAAUGUCAGCCAAGCGAGAGGGUUCUAAGGGUAUAUCGGGGUUGUGUGAUAAAUUACCUAAAGUUGACUCUGUAUUGAUCAAAAAGUAUUUCAAUGUAUUCUAUGCUAACACAUAUUCAGGGCUUGCUACAGUGAAAAAGUAUUACCAGGAUGCAUAUGAUAGGGUGGUUAAAGCAGUAAAUCAACCAAACCAUAAUUCCCUAUUUGGGACGAUAAAGAGCUAUUUUGGUUUUUGA